AUCGACUUCCUACGAUGCUCGUGUCAGCACAUGCGCAGUAGAUCGCCGAAAGUAUCGCUGAUCGGAGAGAACGAGGCGCAGAUGAACGAGCCGAUCGACUGCGCGAGACUCGAUGAGGUAUGAUUCAUAACCAGUAAAGACAUGGAUGAAAUAUUGGAUUUUUGACAUUUCAUGCAACCCAAGCUCUUCAGAGCUUUGAGAUUACUUCUAAUUUAUAUGGACUACAAAGUCAUUUUUCCUAUUUAAAAAUGUGAGCUGGCGUUUCAACAUCCAAAUUCUUCCUGGCAUGGCUUAAAAGCAUUGGUCUCACAAAUCUACUAGUAAUACAGAGGCCUCCAGGGCAGAGAACGGGAUCAGAUAUGACUGAUGAGCUGAAUGGGGCCUUGGCUGAACCGCAGAUGACGAAACCGGAAGAGACUCCUCCAAUUGGAGCAGAUGUUGUUACUGACGAUGUGGUCAAUGCAGUGGGGAACAGUGUUCCUGGAAAGGUGAUGUCUGAAUCACCACCUGAUUGGUUGAAGCCAAUGGAAGAGGAUGAAGAUGACGGUGGUGACGGUGUCAAGAGCAGUGAAUGGAUCAUCAUGAAGACCAAUGAUGACGUUCCAAAAGUAAAACGAGGCAGAGGUCGGCCCCGGAAAGGAUCGCACCCAGUUUGCCCUAAAACUGAGCGGAUUGUUCCUCCUUUACUGGGAAGAACACGUUCUAGUAAUGCAUCAGGAACUGCCAUUCCCGUCCCAGAUCCAGCGCACACACCUGAGGCUUUACCCAGAAAUCUGCAGAGCAUCAAUCACAACCCGAUAUCAACAUCUGAAAAACCCAGACUCAUCCCCAUCUCACCUGCAGGGGGCAGCAGCCUCUCCACAACCCCCAACACCGAAUUUCACAGCCCUCCACGCCUCACGAGGGUCACGCCGCUCAGUUUCGACACAUCCGUGACACAGAAUUUCGUUCACACUCCAGCUGUAAAAUUGGGUAAUGUUUCCAGACAGAGUGUUUCCUUUACUGAACCUGCGAGAGAUGGCACUGAACUUCCCCUUCAGCUCUGGCUUUGUCCUCCUAUGGAGCCCAUUAGCCCUACAAAAACUCAGGAUAUGUUCUCAGAUCAGAUUGUAAGUUCAGCAAAUUUUCCGGGGACUACGCUUAAUGGAUCAGUGACCCUAAAAGAAAGUCUUCCUCUGCUCAGUGAAUGUGAAAGCUGUGGCUGCGCUUUUCCUGCUCAGAAGAUCGGAGACGUAAUGUGCUACGGAUGUAGGCCUAAAUCAGACAAGAAGCAGUCUCCUCCAAAUAUUGUGUUUAGGAAGGUGGGGCAGGAUCAGUGGGAGGUUGGGAAAACAACAAAAAAAACAAAAAAACAUCCAAGAAAACAAGUUCUGAAACAACGUCCCGAACACAAGAAAACUGUCAAAAUGGAUUUUGUCCCUGAUGGUGAUGAUGAUGAUGAUGACGAUGAUGAUGAUGAUGAGGUUGUGAAGAAGCGCAGUCGCAGGAUGUGUCAGCAGUGUGAUGCGUGCCUUCGCGAAGACGACUGUGGCACAUGUGACUUCUGCGUGGACAAGCCCAAGUUUGGUGGCAGCAACAAGAAAAAGCAGAAAUGCCGCUUACGCCAGUGCAAGCUUCAGUCAAGGCUUCAUGGUCAAAAAGGAAAUAUCGUGGAGGGAAAGCGAAAUCCAUCCCUUCCACGGAGAAGGAGAGAUGAGAAGCCCAAGCUCAAGAGGCGCGGGAGACCGUCGAAAAAACAGAAACCUAGAAGCAACCCCUGGGAGGAUGAUGACGAAGUGUAUUAUAAGGACGAGGAUGACAAAGAAGACUUGAGGCGUUAUAAGAUGAAUGGCAGGAGGAAAGGAGGAAAGAGGAAAUGGAAGUACAGUUUUAAGGAAGAAGAGGAAGACGUCUUCAUUGAGGCCGUGAUUGAGGAAGACGGAGCGUCCAACACAGAGGAGAAUCCUGAUAUUUUGGCCAAUCAGAGGUCAGCGAUGGUGUCUAAUGAGAUGCACUCAAACACGUCUGGACUCAGUGCUCAGGGAUUAUACUACAACAUGUCAGGCGUGCCGGCGGCUCCUUACGUGCUCGGAUCAGUACCUCUGUGUAACAGCAAUCCAGCGCCAAUGGGUCAGGUGACCAGCUCUCUGCCGAUGGCGGACGAUGGGACUCAGAACGGGUUUCUUCAGAUCGAGAUGGUGAGAGUGGGAUCACCACCGUCACAUUACACAGAAGCAGCUCAGGACACAGAACAACACGUGUCAGAACCACUACAGGAGCCCACGCCGGUGAUCACUCACAUCUUCAGUCUGGUGGGAGGAGAGAACGACCGAGACCAAGGCCUGAUGGAGCUGUUCACUUCCCUAGGCCAGACCGUGCUGCCCGCUCACUGGGUGGGCGUCAUGUCCAAAGGCCCCAUCCUCCAGCUCCUGCAGUGCUCCAAAAUCUCCAGCAUGGCUGACACGGUGGUCCAGAUCGAGAAGGGCUACUUCUACCAGGUCAGUGUCCAGAACCAGCCUCUCCUGCUCAUGCACGCCGUCUACUCACGCCACCCCACCUGCCUCGAAUCGGUCGAUGAAGUGGUGUCGCUCUUGCUGGAUUUGGAAGGGCUGGGUGUGUGUCAGGGCUACCAGAACUUCCACAUGGGCUCACCGCGGGAGCCUAGAAUGAGCGUGAGAGCGGCUCUGUGCGAUUUACUCAUUCCCAAGGACGAGGAACAGUGUCCAAAAUGCACACAUGCUGUGGAGGGUUGAGCAGCUGUGUGAGAAUCGACUGUAAACAAGAAUCCUCCUCCACCAGCUUUGAAGCUUAUAGUGCAGCCAGAACUGUUUCUGACCUCAUGAUGAACUGACUUAAAAAAUGGUGCUUCUUCAUGUAAUGUUUUUUUUUAAGAAAGAAGUUAAUGAUUCAAAAAAGGACCUGCAAAACACUGAGUUUUACUGAAAUCCCUUUUUUUCCGUUGCUUUCCAGUUGGGAUUAGGACAUAAAUACAAUCAGCUCUCAUUUAAACUACCUCUUCAUUAUUUCAUGAACCCAUAUUAACCUUAAACCUCCCACGUGCCCUUACUGACUCAGAAGUUUGGUGAACAAGUUUAUUGUUGUACAAUGACAAGCACGGAAGCUUGUUUCCACCAUAGGAUAAAAAAUACAAAAAGCUAUUUUUAUCUGACAAUGCAGACUUUUUUUUCUUGUGAUCGCAAGAUAUAAAAUCAGAAUUUCAAGAUAUAAACUAAAUUCACAAUUGCAGGGGGAAAAUAAUCUGAAUUGUCACUUAUUUUUAUUUUGUGGCAGAAACAAACAAAAAAAUAGCGAGGUCUAAACUGAGAAUUUCGAGAGAAGAAUUUGGAAUUGGAAUUGCAAAAAAGAACAUCAGAAUUUAGAUCAAUCAGAACAAUCAGAGAUUAUAUCUCGCAGUUCUGAGAAAAAAAUCUGUAUUGUGAGAUUAAGUCACAGUUACCAUAUUAUUUUUUAGUAUUCUGUCGCAAAAUAUUUUUUUUAUUCUGUACUAACUUUGUCAUGCUACAUUUGGCAUUAAUGGUUCAAAUCUAAAGUUAUUUGAAAGUAAUUUUAAACCAAAGUCAUUCAACCUUUUAAAAUAAUUUUUUUUUUAUUGAUGCCUUUUUUUAGCCCAAAGCUAGCACACCGUCUUUCAUUGUGUGUGUUAUUACGUGUGCAACAGAAGAUACGCUCCGGUCUUUUUUUGUCCUGUUGUUAAUCACACCUGCUUUCAUGUGACUCAAUUGUGUUACGUAUGAUAAAGUGCAGCUAAUGGCAUUGCGAUCCACAGUGCAUCUGUGUGCAUUUUUGCUGUUGUGUGUAUUAUUCCCAGCCUACAGCAGACAUCCGGCCUGAGGAGAUUUCAGUGAUCAGCCUUUAUACGGUUUAGGUAUAUUUGAAUUCUUCCUAGUAGAAAAAUCGAUGCGGUUAACAUUUGACUAGUUUUUAUUUGUUUUUCAUUCCUGAGUGAUUCUAAUUCUAAUGUUUAAGGCAGCAUUUUUUUUUUUACCUCUACCCCUUCAAAUCUGUGUAAAAUAAGGUGUAAAAUAUACAUAAUUGCCUGAAAUUAUUUAUAAGUAGAGGAUGUAAGCUAGAGGUGAUUCUGAGAGCGUCUCUGUAUUGUAAAUCUUGCUCUUUUGGUCUGUUUAACCACCGAUUUCAGUUUUUGAAACACUGUAAAGUAAGAUUUUUAUGAAUUACAUAGAGAGAAAAUUCUGCUCCUUGACAAUCAGAAUCACUCUUGAAUCAUCAUGAUGUAAUGCAGGGGUUUUUGAACUUUUUGGUCCAUGAAGAAUCUAGAAAAAAAAAACACUUUGCAACAUGUACUUUUUGAUGUGGUAACUUGCAAUUAAUAAAAUACGAUUUCAUGCAAUAAAUUUAUUGAAUUUGA